UAUUUUUAGGGUAAAACUUUGCUAGUGGUGGUUGUUGCAGAUUGCUACAGCUUGAAGCGAUUUUGUUAGAAAAAAUAGAAAAGAAAUAAGAAAGAAAGGAAAAUGCAUCCUCCUUUAACACUACACAAGCUCCCGAUGUGCGCCGAAAUUAUUGAGGAGUUCCAGAAGUGUCACAUAGACCAUCCCAUUGGGAAAUUCUUUGGUGAAUGUACAGAUCUCAAAAUAAAGCUUGAUCGUUGUUUCAGGGAGGAGAAAGCUCUGAAGCGGAAAGCAAAUUUUGAGCAGAGUAAGAAAUUGAAGGAAAGACUACAAGCUUUUAGGAAGGAAACUGCUGAAGAGAACAACCUUGUUCAAAGUUAAUG